AUGGCAGCUACAUGGAGGGUUUCUUUACUGGUUCUCGUGAGCCUUGUCACUUACAUGUAUGGCACUGCAGAAUUCUCUAUAACCUCUGCAGAAUUCAUCAAGUCUUCGUGCAGGUCGACACGCUACCCUGCUUUAUGUGUUCAAUGUCUUAUGGGGUAUGCGAGCGUGAUUGGCCAGAGCGAGCGACAACUAGCCAUAACUGCUAUAUCGGUGAGCAUAUCCAAGACACGAUCAAGUGCAUCAUAUGUGAAGAAAAUAUCAAAAGCAAGAGGCGUGAAGCCAAGGGAGUACAGAGCCAUACAAGACUGCAUAGAAAACAUGGGCGACAGUUUGGACAGUCUUAGCCAGUCGGUUAGGGAGUUAGGCAGUAUCGGUCAUGCUGUUGGGGAGGACUUCGAGUGGCACAUGAGCAACGUGCAGACUUGGGUCAGUGCUGCUCUGACUGAUGAUAACACUUGUCUUGAUGGCUUUGCUGGUCCUUCCAUGAAUGGAAAUGUUAAGGAUGCCUUCAAAGAUAGGAUUGUCAAUGUUGCUCAAGUUACCAGCAAUGCACUCGCUUUGGUUAAUCGAUUUGCUUCAAGCCAUUAA